UACCAAUUCCAUCCACCACCAAGUGUCGUACCCGCCCUCAACUUCUUCGAUUCCAUAACAAACUUCAAAGCAAACCCCCUCUCUCUCUCCCUCACUUCAAUCUCUCUCUCUCUCUCAUCACCCAGAUCCGAACAAAUCUCACUCCAAGUUCCCUCUCCAUCACUCACUCUAUCCAUCCAAUGAUCUCAAACCAUGGGACUCCUCAACCAACACAAAACAGGCCGGUUUCCAACCCUCCCAAAUCGCGUUGGAAGCCUCACAAAUGACCUCCGCCAACCACCACCAACGCCCCCAGACCGGCCUCCUCGCCACCAGCCGCCUCCGCAGUUGCGUCACCUCGUUCUUCCUCCUCCUCCUCCUCCUUUACGUCCUCUACUCCUCCAGCCUCAUCCUCCUCCCCCCUUCCUGCCCCCUCCCUUCCACCCUUCAAAAAUCCACCUCCUCCUCCACCACCCUCCCACUUCCCCUCACCAACUAUUCCAAAGGAAACCAACAAGAACAAGAACCCAUAAUCCUGCCCCAGAAGUCCCUCCGAUACGACACGGAAGCUAAACACAUCGUGUUCUGCAUCGCGGCCUCGUCGAGCUUAUGGGACAAAAGGAAGGAGUAUUUGAAGCUGUGGUGGAAGCCGAAGGAGACCAGGGGAGUCGUUUGGCUCGACAAGAGAGUGAGAAACAGGCGGAAUGAGAAAUUGCCGGAGAUUCGGAUAUCCGGGAGCACCGCCCAGUUCAAGUACACGAACAGGCAGGGGGACAGGUCGGCGCUCAGGAUAACGAGGGCGGUCUCUGAGACGCUUAGGCUAGGGAUGAAGGACGUGAGGUGGUUCGUGAUGGGGGACGACGACACGGUGUUCAUGGUGGAGAAUCUGGUUCGGGUUCUGUCCAAGUACGAUCACAACCAGCUUUACUACGUCGGGAGCUCGUCGGAGAGUCACAUACAGAACAUAUUUUUCUCGUACGCGAUGGCAUUUGGCGGGGGAGGGUUCGCGAUAAGCUAUCCGUUGGCGAAGGAGUUGGAGAAGAUGCAAGACCGGUGUAUUCAGCGGUAUCCGGGGUUGUAUGGGAGUGAUGACAGGAUGCAGGCUUGUAUGGCUGAGUUAGGGGUGCCCCUUACCAAAGAACCCGGGUUUCAUCAGUACGAUGUGUAUGGAAACCUCCUAGGCCUAUUGGGAGCUCACCCUAUAACUCCACUGGUGUCGCUCCACCACCUCGACGUGGUGGACCCUAUCUUCCCGCAAAUGAAACAAGUGCAGGCCCUCCACCACUUGUUUGAGUCCGCCAAGGACGACUCGGCCAGCAUGAUGCAGCAAUCCAUCUGCUUCGACAGGCGACGACAAUGGUCCAUCACCGUCUCAUGGGGAUACGUGGUUCAGAUCAUAAGAGGAGUCAUGUCUCCCAGAGAGCUAGAGAUGCCCACCAGAACCUUUCUCAACUGGUACAAAAGAGCUGAUUUCACAGCUUAUUCUUUCAACACUAGGCCCGUGACCAGGCACCCCUGCCAGAAGCCUUUCCUGUUUUAUGUGAAAUCCUCACAGUAUGACAAGGGCAGGAAGCAGAUAAUUGGGGUUUAUGCCCGCGAUCGAAAAGAUCCCCACCCUUAUUGUCGAUGGCAGAUGGACUCGCCAGACAAGAUUGAUUCUAUCGUGGUAUUGAAAAGACCGGAUACCCAACGCUGGAAUAAGGCACCGAGGAGAGAUUGUUGUAGAGUUUUGCCAUCAAGUAAGAGCUCACAGAUGUAUAUAUGGGUGGGCAAUUGCCGAGAAGGUGAGGUUAGCGAGUUGUAGCAGCACGAGGGAGCUGACUUUGCCUCUUUUCCAAGUUCUCUGAUGCCAUGCAGGAUUCAAACAUAUGCCAUCUGUUUCAUGGAGUUCAAACACAGAAGACUCAUGUAUUUGUCUUUAAGCACAUCAAAAUAGCUGCAGAAGCAACCUUUGAUUUGACCAACAUCGCUGAUCGAUUGAAUUCGUAGGCUAUAUUUGCUAUUUCUCCUUUUUCUGACUGUAAAUUUGAGACAAGCAUGUCAAUUUUGAACCUUAACCCUAUUGGUAUCCCAGCGCCAUAGUUAUAUGCAGGGCAGCGGGGGAUUUAUUCUACCAUAUUCUCCUAUGAAACAAACAAAUCCGAGUAUCACCUUACAUCCCAUUCAUGGUUCUUGUAAUUGUUUAGGGCAAACAGAACCCAGUACCUAAGAGAUGAUUCUUCAAUCAGUUGGACUCACCGGUUCCAAUUCAGGUUUCACUUCAACUUUGUUCUUCAGUGUCGGAAUAUGAGGAAUUGAGGCAUUUGGCGGGGAAGCUAAUGCCAGGAUGGUGAGGUCAACAUCGCGAGUAUCCUUAAGAGGCUUGGGCAGGUUGAUCCUAUGUAUUCCUAUGAUUUGGCCAUCUUUGAUUUCCAAGGUUACUGCAUUCAUUAGCAAAAACCAGAAAAACAAUCAGGAUGAUUAGAAAACAAACGGGGUAGACGAUUGAUCUUCCUCUUUUUCUUUCCUUCAACAUUCCAAGUUUCUAACCAAAACUCUUUUUUUCUCAAAACAAGCAGAUCACGAACAUUGAACAAUGAAGUAGCAGAAAUCAAAGACAGAAAACCUUCUUUUAUACCAGCUUUUCUUAAUGAUAUGAAAAUGCCAAUGUUCUGAUUUCUCUAA